AUGGCAUCUCCUGAUUUUUCCUCAUUGUCCUCCUUGCCUAUCGACCACAAUACUACUGAUAAGCUAUGCGGUGCACCUUCGGAGGCGAUACUAAUCCACUGUGAUCUUGGCGUUUCACGCUCGCCAACGAUCAUUAUCGCCUAUCUUAUGCGCAAACUCCGUAUUCAGCAAUUGGACGCAUUAAAUUUUGUCAAAUCCAAACAGCCUAAACUGAGAGUCAAACCGAGCCCAAAUUUUACCCGUCAAGUUCAAGUCUGGGAGGAGGUUGGAUAUCAAAUAUGGGAGGAUGAAGAUAGGGCUAUUCCGAAAGCGCCAUACAAAGCAUUUCUGGAGGAUCGGGCUGCCCUUUUGGAAAAUCUGGGACUGACUGGGAAUGAGCCACUCGCGCCUCUGAGCCUCUCCUCUUAA